AUGACUCUCACCGGAAGCUGCAUGUGCGGCGGUGUCACUUACACUGUUGAAGGCAUGAAGUCUUGGACUGGCGGCGCAUUCACUUCCAAUGCCGUCGUUCCCCGUACUAGCGUCAAAGUGACCAAGGGCACUCCCACCUCGUACGAUGCAACCGGUGCCAGCGGCAAGAUCAACAAGCACUUCUUCUGCCCGACCUGCGGUUCAAGUCUCUAUACCGAGCUGGAGAUCAUGCCUGAUAUGACAUGUGUCAAGGCUGGAAGCUUGGAUGGCGGCGAGGCUAACCUCGGAGGGAAGAUUGACGUCGAGUUCUAUGUUAAGGAUCGUCCUAGUUAUCUCACUCCUGUUGAGGGCGCUAAGCAGGAGCAGAUGCUCGGCUGA